AUGGAAGUGAGAAAAGCAAGGCAGGCAAGGCAGGCUUCACGAUGUUACUGUGGAAAGGUGGCAAGACUUCUUGGACCGAUUCAAACCCAGGAAGACUAUUUCAAGUUUGUCCACUCUAAUAGGGAAGAGUUAACAAAGGAUGUGUUCCAAGAUGGUGAUACUUUUCUGAGGAAAAUUGAUAGGUUGGAAGAGGAGAAUGCAAAGAUUCAACUGAAAUCAAGAAUAUUGGUUAUUGCUCUUGUGCUAUCAUGGUUGAUUACACGUGUUGUUAUCAUGGAAUGA